UGAUGAGAAGACACAAUAGGGGAGAGGGUGGUUUGGUUUAUUGUCAAAUGAAGAAGGCUCACGAGACACGCAUGGGCUCACCCACAUCCUAUCCCUCCAUCUCUCUCAGCUGCUGACUCACACAUGUCCGUCGCCGGAAAAACUAGCUGCCACCUCAACGCCUCCGGCGAACGCCCUUCUCAGAAUCUCACCCGACGACGUUCCCUUUCUCAAUUCCCCAUCUGGGUAUCCCUGUUUCCCCCAAAGUUCUCUUUUUUUUCGUGAUUCAGAAGAACUGGUCAGUGAUACCCUUUUCUUAGAACAAUGAGAGCAGGGAAAGGGAAUCAGGAAGAGGAUGAGUACGACGAAGAAGACUUUGGUUCUUCCAAGAAACAAGGCACUUCCUCUGCCCCCAACACCAACAAAGCAGAUGGAAAAGCCAUUGAUAAGGCUAGUGCGAUAAGAUCGAAACAUUCUGUGACCGAGCAGCGGAGAAGGAGCAAGAUAAACGAGAGAUUCCAGAUAUUGAGGGAUCUCAUACCUCACAGUGAUCAGAAGAGGGACACAGCGUCAUUUUUGUUAGAGGUGAUCGAGUAUGUUCAGUACUUGCAGGAGAAAGUACAAAAGUAUGAAGGUUCAUAUCCAGGUUGGGGUCAAGAGCCCUCGAAGUUGAUGCCAUGGAGAAAUAGUCAUUGGCGUGUCCAAAGCUUCGCCGGUCAACCUACGGCUGUAAAGAAUGGUUUGGGUACUGUUUCACCUUUUCCUGGAAAGUUUGAUGAAAGCAGUGUUAGUAUCUCUCCAACUAUGCUUAGUGGCACACAGAACACGAUAGAUCCUGAUCAGAGCAGGGAUAUUGUCAACAAGACAGCAGAGAGGCAACCUGAUUUAGUGAGCAAGGGAAUACCUCUUCCUUUGCCUAUGCAUGCAAACAUGUCCGUUCCUGUCAGAAGUGAUGGUGUACUUGCACAUCCUCUUCAGGGAACUGUCUCUGAUGCACAAUCAACUGAAUGCCCAACAACUAGUGAACCACAGAAUCAGCAGGAUGAACUCACGGUUGAAGGAGGGACAAUUAGUAUCUCAAGUGUAUACUCCCAAGGGUUAUUGAACAAUCUAACUCAGGCAUUACAAAGUGCUGGUUUAGAUCUGUCACAAGCUAGUAUCUCAGUUCAGAUUAAUCUUGGGAAACGAGCAAACAGUGGAUUGAGCUGUGGGACCUCUUCUCCCAAGAAUCAUGACAACCCUCCUUCAAAUAAUCAAACAAUUGCACAUUUUAGAGAUGCAGGCAGUGGAGAAGACUCGGAUCAAACACAAAAACGAAUGAAAACAUACAAGUGAUGUAGCAUUUUCAUGAGCAUCCACUUACAUCCCGAUUUCUUGCUUGUUCCUGGCAUAGCACAUUCCUUGUGGCUACUGUACAUCCUUCCCCAUAUGUUUGACUUUUUAAUGGUUACUUUAGAACCAUAUAAAACUUGAAAACGACCAUUUGUGGAGAUAUUGAAAGCUUCUAUUGUAGUGGGGCAUGCCAUCUAUUAUAGCUGUAUGAUACAUAUUAUAUCAUAGCAAUUCAGUAUUAUUGAGCUUUUGUUUGAAAAUUUUAUGAUAUAUAUAUGUACACGUUUAUUUUGAAUGCA